GUUUCUUUGUCUGUCUUUUUCCUCCUCUCCGUUGCUUCUUUAAAACCCCAGAUUUCUUCACAAAACACAAAUUAUUCUCUUUAUACUGGAAUUUUCUGAGUGUUUACGCCAACUCUCGGUUACUUCAUUGCUGUAAAAACUGUUUACUUUCCUUUGUACUGUUUGGUCUCCGAGAAACCCAAGAGAACGAGAGAGGAACUUGUUUGAAAGAAAAAGAACAAGACAACCCUCUAUUCAGCUUAUUACUUUAUUGCCCCCUUUUUCUCUCUUGUUCUUUUAGUUGUUUGAUGGUGAUGGUCGUUGGAGGAGUAAUGGCAGAUUUUUAAGCUCAUUAAAAAUAAAAUUUUGGAAGGAUACUAAUUUGUUUCUGGCGUAACGUCGUUUUCUUGCUCGUCGGUACUCGGUAGAGCGUUGAACGACUCAAAAAAUAUGUCCGAGUCAAACAAAGUAAGGUUGGUUCGGUGUCCAAAGUGCGAAAACCUUCUCCCAGAGCUUGCUGAUUAUUCCGUUUACCAGUGUGGUGGCUGCGGCGCUGUUCUUCGAGCAAAAUUUAGGAACCGUGAAGCAGAUUCCUCGUCCGAGAAGUCGAAAGAAGAUAGACUUGGAGGAGUUUCUAGCAAAUCCCAGGUUCCCUUGGAGAAAGGAAUAGUCAAGUCGAGUGAUACCUCUGAUGCCGAUGUUAAAUCAAGUGCCGGCUCUUUGAGGUGUGAUCAUCAAACUGAUGCGGAGAAGGAGGAGAAUGUCGACUGCAUUGAUAUAAGUAGGAAUGAAUCUAAGGUUGCUAGCGAUAAACGGCCUGUUGAGAAUGCAAAUAAUUCCGGCAGGAAUAAGGAUGUUAUAGUUAAUUCCAUUGAAAAAGAACAGGAGGAUUCAGAUUCAAAUUUUGGAUAUACUGUUGGAUCACAAAGGUUGGGACAGAUGUCCGAUUGGCUAACCGGGAAGCAAGGAGAGAAGACGAGGUUGCAGAGAAUUCCGAAAGCUGUCGUUGAAGGUUUGCGGUUUUCUACUUCAAAUGACGAAGGCCCAUCAAACCGUCAUUUGGAUUAUUCUCAUGGUUAUAGUGAUUCCCUGCAGAAUCGAACCGACCAGGAUGGUUCUAAUAGAAUCCAGCUUGAACAAGAGCGAGCUGAGCUUCUGAGGAAGUUGGAUGAGCUAAAAGAGAGACUUAGUCGAUCUUGCGAUGUGGUUGAUAAACCAGAAGAGAAGGCUACAUUCGGGAGGGUUAUUCCUCCUGAGUCUUAUGGUGGUGCUGAUACCUUGUUCCCAUGUGGAUCUUCCGGAUCAAAGAAGCCUUCAAUGCCUUUGUAUGGACCUGAUAAACGUGCUGCAGGAGCAGGACCCUCUUAUUAUAGUCAUCUUCCGGAACCAUUUUCUUAUCCAGUCAGUCAUGAUAUGACUCGGCAUGGGUUGUAUCCUCCUAUGCACAAUCCAAAUCAUAUUCCUACAUAUGGAGAUCCUUUUGGAUCCCAAAUGCUUGGAAGAGCUCCGCCCCUGUUACCUGGAGAAUACCCACAACAGCUGCCUCAUCCAUACUUUUCUGGACAGUAUAUGGAAAGCAAUCAUGACCCAUUCAUGCCAUAUCCACAAAGUUCAAUGUUGCAUCAAGCUUCUUGUUCUUGCUUUCACUGUUAUGAGAAACAUCGGCGAGUUGCAGCACCUGUUCCACCCAGCUCAUUUGGCAAUAAAAUGUUCCCGGGUGUGCCCUGUAACCCAAUGUAUCACAUCGAGAACCCUGGGACUUUUGGUUCACAUUUCCAUAGUUCUAGGACUACGAUGCCUCAACGGAGUGUGCUUCGUACACAAGCUCAUGCUAGAUGGCCAGGUGAUAUUAACUCAGAUAUAGGUGGUUUUGUUCAGUGUCAUCCACCGAGAGUGGAGGUUGCCAGUGGUGGUCGACGUUUCCGUCCUAUUGCUGGUGGUGCUCCGUUCAUUUUGUGUUAUAAUUGCUUUGAAUUACUACAAAUGCCCAGGAAAGUGCAGCUCACCGAGAAAGCUGAAAAUAAAUUGCGUUGCGGUGCCUGUUCAAGUGUAAUAAACUUUACUGUCACAGACAAGAAGCUUGUUCUUCAUGAUCAUGCGGAAACAAAGGGAAUUUCUGUAGAGGUUGAUGAUAUCUCUGAUGAAGUUGUCAAUGAUAGUUCCUCAUAUUUCCGUGGCCGCGCAAACCGAACUGCUGCUAACUUCUCGUCUAAUUACUAUGAUAUUUCUGGUUAUGAUUUUCAGUCAACGGAAGGAGAACCUGUUGCAUCGUCAAUUGACCAGGCUUUGAAUUCAAUCAGACCUCAAGAAAUGCGGAGCUUUCAUUCAUCAUCUCCAAGCGUCUCUGAGGAUGACAACAGUCCAGAUGUUUUAAUUGCUUCAAGAGAGGAAGUGAAAUCCAUUCCGCAGCCGAUCAAAUCCACCGUGUCUCUCCCACCUGCAGGCUCACCACUUCAAGAACACUUUGAUUACUCUUCUGGCAAUCAUGCAGUGAACCGAUUUGGGAAGGGAAAUCGUAGUAAUCGCUCUGAUCAAGAGAAAUUUGUGUCUAACAAGGCUACAACGCGGCAAAAUACUUUAAAAGAGGCGUUGUUACCUACAGAGAUGGAGGUGUCAUAUGAUGAAUACUCUAAUACUGGAAUCUCUCCAGAUUCGGGUGAAGCAAACAGAGAAGAUGAUCACCCGAAAGCAGCAAAAGGAGGUGAAUCAUUUUUGGUAAAUAUAAUCAAGAAGAGUUUUAAGGAUUUCUCAAGAUCUAAUCAACCAGAGGGACGUAGGAAAAGUAAUGUUUCAGUUAACGGGCAUCCUAUACCUGAACGUGUGCUUAAAAAAACUGAAAAGAUGACCGGACCAAUUCAGCCUGGACAUUACUGGUAUGAUUUCCGAGCUGGAUUCUGGGGUGUUCUUGGCGAACCUUGCCUCGGCAUAAUUCCUCCAUUUAUUGAAGAGUUUAAUUAUCCGAUGCCAGAAAACUGUGCCGGUGGGACAACUGGUGUUUUUGUAAAUGGAAGAGAGCUCCAUCAGAAAGAUUUGGAUUUGCUUGCUAAUAGAGGGCUUCCAACUGAUAGAGAUAGGUCUUACGUCAUUGAGAUAUCGGGCAGAGUCUUGGAUGAGGACACCGGUGAAGAGCUAGAUUGCCUUGGCAAACUUGCCCCUACAGUUGAGAAAGCGAAGCGUGGUUUUGGCAUGAAAGUUUCGAAAGUAGGCCCGUAAUGAAUUCGCGACAAUUCCCGGAGUUAUCCCGUCUUGGCGAACUGGUUGGAAGGUUUGAAUUCCGAACGAUGUUGCUCUAGCUACUCUCGAUUUGUCGAUGUUGGAUGGCUUCUUUAAUCCCGUUAUAAGUAGCGAUAAGGUUUCUGAUUAAAUUGAUAUUUUCACUGGUUGUUAACAGUUCACUUUCUAAAUGAUUCUUCUCUUUACGUGUGCAAUGCAAGUAAUGUAAAUU